CAAAAUCGUAUACAUUUAAAGAAGUCGAGGAAAUUAAGAGUAAAUAUGGGCAAAAACGAAAAAUAAAUCAACGCCUCCGGAAAGGCUUGUUUUCGAACACGACACUAUUAUUUGAUGUGGAUAACAUAUAUUUCUCGCACCAUAGCGUUUCGAAGCAAAAUCGUAUACAUUUAAAGAAGUCGAGAAAAAUAAGAGUAAAUAGGGGCAAAAAUGAAAAAAUAAUCAUUAUGCCGCCACGUAGAGAGCCCGAUCAUCAGGGUCCUACUCAGGCUACAGUAGUCGCCCAAUUCCGCGACUAUCAUGCAGAGAAGUUCUCAGGUCAGGGCGACCCCCGUAUCGUUGAUGAAUGGAUUCAGGGGUUGGAGUUUAUCUUCGAAGUUAUGGAAUGCCCCGAUAGAUAUCGCGUAGUUUGCGCUCAGCUUCAGCUCACUGGCGAUGCGAGGCUCUGGUGGAACGCCUACUGGAGCAUGCGUCCCGGUGAAAAAGCGGGUUGUACAUGGGACAUGUUCAAGGAUCUGGUCCGUGACAAGUACUACCCUUCAUAUUAUCGGGCAGAGAUGGAGCGCCAGUUCUUAGCGCUUCAGCAGGGCACUCGUACUGUCGAUGAGUACGAGCGUGAGUUCACCAGACUUGCAGGUUUCGCACCGGAUCUUGUUCGCACGGAGGCCCAGAGAGCUCAGAGGUUCAUUGACGGACUAUACCCAGCAGUCCGUCAUAACAUCUGUCGUGCUGGACAGGACAUUUGUUACUUCUGCCAAGAGCCGAGACACUUUGCGAGUCGAUACCCGAAGAAGCUUCAGCAGCAGCCUCAGCAGCCACAGCAGCGGCAGCCACGACAGCAGGCACAGAGACCGCAGCAGCAGCAGCAGCAACAGCAGAGGGGCCGGCAGCAGGCCAGGGUCUACGCAGUCGAUCAGGCGGAGGCAGCACAGCAACCAUGUACUAUGUCCGGGAUGGUUGUUCUCAAUGAUAUUCCUGUGUUUGCAUUAUUCGAUACCGGAGCAACGCACACUUUUAUCUCACGACGGUGUCUCGACGCCAUCGGAGUUCGUGCCGUUACCGCUGUCGAUCAUCUCGAGGUGAGUCUAGCCUCGGGACGAAAGAUAGUGACUUCAGCCAAAGCUACAGAUCUUAGCCUUUCCAUCGGGGGCCGAAUAUUGACUGUCGACGCUUUUGUUCUCGAGAUGAAGGAUUUCGAUCUUAUUCUCGGGAUGGAUUGGCUAUCUUUCUAUCAUGCUGACAUCAGGUGCCAUGACCGGGAGAUUACCCUCUAUCUUCCGGAGGACGAGUCGAUUACUUUCUUCGGCUCCAAGAACCGUUCACUGCCUCAGGUUGUUUCGAUGGCGAAAGCCACUAAGUUAUUGCGACGAGGCAACUGCCAGGGUUACCUGGUAAGCCUUGUUGAGGAUUCUCAGAAAGCGCGGACACCUCAUGAUGUUCUUAUCGUUCGCGAGUUUGUUGACGUCUUCCCAGACGAGCUUCCAGGAGGACCGCCCAACCGUCAAGUGGAGUUUUCCAUUGAUCUUAUCCCAGGGGCCGGUCCAGUGUCCAAAGCCCCAUACCGCAUGGCGCCUAAAGAGUUACAGGAGCUUAAGACUCAGAUCCAGGAGCUGUUGCGACUCGGUUUUAUCCGACCGAGUGUGUCACCAUGGGGAGCACCCGUUCUCUUUGUUAAGAAGAAGGACGGAUCUAUGCGUAUGUGUAUCGACUACCGGGAUCUCAACCGGUUGACAAUCAAGAAUAAAUAUCCGCUUCCCAGGAUCGACGACUUAUUCGACCAGUUGAGGGGAGCCUGUGUCCUUAGACAGGGCUACUACUGGCCGAGUUUAAAGAAGGACGCCCUUGACGUAGCCCUCGAUGAUCCCCGUAAGCUGCUUAGUCUCCUUAUGACGUCGAGUCUUAUUUCUUAUUUUUUAACCUUCGCCCCUCUUUUUUUUGUUUCAGUUAAAGCACAUUAUAGCUCA